GCUAAAGCAACAAUAUAGUGACAAAAUGGUUCUGGAAAAGGAAAAUCUCACAGAAAACAUUGAAAUUAUCAUCAAGAAGACUGGCAAGGUGCUGACGGAAAGUGGUGCAAACGUAACUGCAGCAAAACCGCCAGCUAACGCAACCAAAAUGGAAGAGGACAAGACGUCCGGUGACGCUGGAAGCGCUAAUGACUCGAAGGAGUUGGCCACGAGCGAAGUAUCGGAGGUGCACAAGUACGAAUCGGCUCCAUUCGAUCCUUCGAUCGAACCACUGUUGAAGGAAAAUCCACGGAGGUUCGUGAUCUUCCCUAUCCAGUAUCAUGACAUUUGGCAGAUGUAUAAGAAGGCUGAAGCAUCCUUCUGGACCGUGGAAGAGGUGGAUCUCUCGAAGGACAUGAAGGAUUGGGAAUCGUUGAAGCCGAGCGAGCGUCACUUCAUCUCGCACGUGCUCGCAUUCUUUGCCGCUUCGGAUGGCAUCGUAAACGAGAACCUGGUGGAGCGGUUCAGCCAAGAGGUGCAGGUUACGGAAGCCCGCUGCUUCUACGGUUUCCAGGUCGCGAUGGAAAACGUCCACAGUGAAAUGUACUCACUGCUGAUCGAUACGUAUAUUCGCGAUUCAAAGGAACGUGAGUUCCUGUUUAACGCGAUCGAGACGCUACCGUGCGUGAAAAAGAAGGCCGAUUGGGCUCUGAACUGGAUCUCAAGCAAGAAGGCCAACUUUGGUGAACGGGUUGUUGCCUUCGCUGCCGUAGAGGGUAUCUUUUUCAGCGGUAGUUUUGCGGCCAUUUUCUGGCUUAAGAAGCGCGGCUUGAUGCCAGGACUCACGUUCUCGAACGAGCUGAUCUCGCGCGACGAAGGACUGCACUGCGACUUUGCCUGUCUCAUGUUCAAAUACCUGGUGCAGAAGCCGUCCAAGGAACGCGUGACCGACAUCAUCCGUGAUGCGGUCGUAAUUGAGCAAGAAUUUCUCACUAAAGCGCUACCCGUCGACAUGCUUGGCAUGAACUGCGAGCUGAUGUCGCAAUACAUCGAGUUUGUGGCAGAUCGCUUACUAGUAGAGCUGGGCUGCGAAAAGAUCUACAAUACCAAAAAUCCGUUCAGCUUCAUGGACUUUAUUUCGCUCGAAGGAAAAACGAACUUCUUCGAGAAGAAGGUUGGCGAGUAUCAAAAGUGGGGCGUGAUGGCCAAUCGAUUGGACAACGUGUUCACCCUCGAUGCUGACUUCUGAUCUGUUAGACAACCAGAGGCGCAGCACAGGCUUUACAGGAAUACAGCGGCAAUAGUGUGAUUUAGUAGUGUUGAGGAUUAGGAGCUCGGUGUCGGAAAAUGCGUCUUUCAUUCUUUCAAUUUUUGCCCCACCUCCUCUUGACUAUGUUUAGGGCAUAUUUGUAUGGUUUUUAGAUUACUUAUCCUCUACUUCUAUGCCAUCGUGCAAGGGGAACUAUUUUAUCGUAUUAAUUUUAACAACUGUUUUUAACUCAAAAUUAAAUCCCCAGUAAAAUCAUAAAAAAAACUCCGGAUUUCAAGCAACAUUCUUAAACUAUGAUUCGUUGGAAUUGUUCACGAAUUCAGGAUGCUAUCCUGAGCAUGAAAUAAGGCGUAUUUCUCCGCAUUGCCAGUGGAGCAUGUCAGUUUUAAUAAGGUAUCGUUUAAUGUUAGUUAAUUUAGGCUGACGCAGGGUGUGUUGACCCGCAUCAUGAGAGCGGCUAUAGGAUUAUGACAUAUGAACACUAAAAUGAUAAAACCAUCUCCUAACGCUAGAAUACUGGAAUGUAUCACUAUGCGCAAUUAGUUUUGGUUAGUUCGAUAUCUUCUUAUAUUGUAACGUUAAUUGUACUAUAUAUAUAUAUACACGGCGAUGGGAAUGGAUAUCCUUUUGAUGAAUCUGCGAAUAAACGUGUUUGUAUACUAAAG